AUGGGAAGCAUGUUUAUGUUGGGAGUGUGGUUGUGCCUAUUGUUGUCACCAUUUCCACUUGCAUUCUCGGAGCGGUGCCACCCCAUUGACAAAAAAGCACUGCUCCAACUGAAGAAAGACUUCAACAACCCUUAUAUCUUAGCCUCGUGGGACCCAAAUGAGGAUUGUCGCGAGUGGUACUGCGUCAAGUGUGACCUCAAAACGCAUCGUAUCACUGACCUCUUCAUAGCACCCUCUGUCCCUGAAACCAACUUCCAUGGGCGAAUACCUCCCUCAGUGGGUGACCUCACUUACCUACAGUACCUCUCCUUCCACAAGCUCUUUUUUUCCAAUAAACUCCCCAACCUCGUCGGCCCAAUCCAGCCCACCAUCGCCAAACUCACCAAUCUCAAGUAUCUCAUUCUCACCAACAUAGCUAUCUCCGGCCCAGUACCCUCUUUUCUGGCCCAACUCAAGAACCUUGACACGCUCGACCUUUCUUUUAACAACCUUUCCGGCCCCAUACCAAGCUCACUUACCACACUGCCUAAACUCACGUUCCUCGAUUUCAGCCGCAACAAGCUCACGGGCCCAGUCCCGGCCUUCGGGUCCCCCAAAAAGCCCGGGCCAAGCCUCGUGCUAUCUCACAACCAGCUUUCGGGGCCCAUUCCCGCUUCCUUGGCCAACUUAGAAAGGAUAGACCUCUCGAGGAACAAGCUGGAAGGCGAUGCCUCCAUUCUUUUCAGCAAAAGGCCGCAGCAUCUCGACCUUUCAAGAAACAUGUUCGCGUUUGAUCUUUCUCGUGUGAAGGUUCCCCAGAAUAGCUUAACAUGGUUGGAUCUCAAUCACAACAAGAUUUAUGAAAGCAUUCCUGGAGGGUUGGCCAAAGUUGAAAAUUUGCAGGUAUUCAUUGUGAGCUAUAAUCAGUUAUGUGGUCAAAUACCACGGGGUGGGAAAUUGCAAACGUUUGAUAAGUAUUCGUAUUUUCAGAACAAGUGUUUGUGUGGAUCACCGCUUUCGCCCUGCAACAAUAAGUAGGUGACUCGGACUUUCUAAGCACACUUCGAUUUGAGUUAAAUAAAUUUAUUGUUCAAGUGUGUUUGUGUACUCUUGCUCAUCUUAGUUGGCUUUGGUUGUCACGACUCACGAGAUUUGUUGUACUAGAAGUAGGUUUUGACUUUUGAGCGAUUAUCAUGACAAUGAAUUGUUAGAUUCGUGAUG